AUGAGUGUAUCUAUCGAACUCCAUCCACUUGCCAUCCUUAAUAUCUCAGAUCAUUUCACCAGAGCCAAGUAUUUAUCUUUUAAGGACAGUCCAAAUAAACUUAGAGUUGUUGGAGCCCUCCUUGGUAAACAAAACGGUCGUGUACUUGAGAUUGUAAACACUGUGGAAUUCUCUUUUAAAAUUGUGCCAGAAUCAGAAGGAUCAAUCGCCCCAGAGGAGCAAUUCUGCGCAUCAAGAAUUGAGGCAUAUAAGAAGAACUUCCCUGAACUAGACUGUGUAGGAUGGUACACCUCUGACACCAAGAAUCAAGAUUUGCCAACUCAAGCUGAUUAGAUAGUUCAAAGGAAAAUGCAGAAAUUCACAGAGAAUCCUCUUCUAUUGAUAAUGAAUCCAGAGUCAUAAAUAGCACAUGAUUAGAAUAAGCUUCCUUACUUCUUGUAUGAUUACGAUAAUUUCCAGUCAAAGUUUGUUUCUAUGGACUUCAAACUCGCUUAAUCUGAUUCAGAGCGUAUUGCAGUAGAUCAUGUGGCCUAAGCUGUGGAUUAAAACGCUAAAACUUCAGCUCUCUCUCAAAAUAUGCAAGCUUCAGUCAAUGCAGUCAAAUUACUCAGAAGAAAAGUAAAGUUCUUAAUAGACAUCGUCAAGAAUUCUGAGGAAGUACGCAAAAAUCAUUAAUUUAUGAGAGAUUUAAAUCAAAUUUGCUCUUCACUGCCAAUCACAACUAGAGAAAACUAUGAUAAAAACGCUUUCAGUGAGUAUUCAGAUAUCGCAGCAGUGAAUCUCCUUGCAAGUGUGACAAAAGGAUUCGAGCUAUUGAAUGGCUUACUAGAGAACUAUAAGAUUUAUGACGGUAACAGAGGAUAGUAUAUGCAGGAAAUAAUGGAUGGUUCAUUCGGGAGACACAAUAUGAUUGAUGAAGAGUCCAUGCAAAUGUUAAGCAGACAUGAUUCUAAAAACCCGAUGAAAAAGUUUAUGUGA